AUGGAGCUCGUUGUAGCUGAAAUCGAAAUCCAAACUGUAAUCAAGUUAUGUUUGCCGAAGUGCAGCUCCGCCCGCUACGCUGAAAGUGACGUUGUACAAACUACUGCUAUUGGAUUAGUAGGGACUGCUAUACUCCCAGAACGGGAAAUCCUGCAGCACCGUAUGACUUUAAAUACUGUAUUAUGUGAGGCCAGCCCUGGAGCGGCUCCCUUGAAGGAAGUCAUUGUGCCAAGUGUCUUCGUUAUGAGCCACUCUUGGGAGCAUAAAGGCGUGGAGGGGUCUAAUCCCGACGUUCCAUCGGGGUCAGAAUCUGUCUUACAGCAGAAGCAAGCGCAUCUCCAGCAGCUCGAAAGAAGUUCUACUUCUGACCUUUUCCCCUGUCCCCACCCCACGCAGUCAGCACAUGUACCCCCCUUUGCCUCUUCCCCACCGUAUCCAGCCAUUGCUGACGCCGCGAUCGUGCCAUCACUGCGUGCUCUUGCCGCCAUUUGGCGUUCCCCGUCGAAUCAUCACGGGGCGUGCCGGCCAAGUGGCUCGGUCUGGUUUUUGUGGAUACUCCUAUUCUUUGUAGUGGCAUUUGCCAUGGAAUCUGACGCACUAAAGGAGGCUUCCACGACCAAGGGACCCAUGUUAAGAACUCUCCUCCGCAGUGCACUUGCAUCGCAGCAGCCCUGCACAGCACUCGCGGAAGCGGCGCAUGAAGGGGGCGUCAAAGUCAUUGCGGUAGACUUUGACAUGACAAUGAUCACCACUCACUCAGGUGGCAGCGCCUCCAACACUCCAGGAAAUCCUGUGUUCACUUCGCUGUCUGCGGACUUCGACACGUUCGCUACGGCUGCGUCUGCGUAUGGAAUCAAGAUCGCUGUUGUCACAUUCGGAGACCCUAAGACCGUAGCUUCUUAUCCAGGGCGGCUUGCGGGUGCUCCUCUGGUCCACCGAGUUCUUGAGGAGAGCGCCGCUUCGUUUAGAGUCGAUGCAGUCUUCCCGUUCUACCCACCGCUAUACAAGUCCCCCACUGAUUAUAGGGGAUUGGGGUUGAAAGCGCCGAUGCCGUAUAAUAAAUCUUUCCACAUAGCGCAAUUGUGUGCCCAUUUUGGGGUACUACGAGACGAAGUGCUGCUGGUUGACGACGAUGCCAACAACUGCAUGGCGUUUAAUGAGGAGGGCGGUGUUGCCCUGCGCGUGCAAGGAGGACAUGGUUUUGAUGUGACAGACCUUCAGUCCUAUGCGGGUAAAGGGCGUUUAUCUGUUCCUCGAGCCUUUCCAUCGGCCUUUACUCUCAUCGACUUGGCCGGCGUUUCUUGUGGCCCCUCCAGCGCGAGGGCUCAACUGUUUGCUCGCAGUGGUGAGGCAGACGGUCCUGGUGUCUAA